CUAAGAACCCUUCUGUGACAUCCCAACUGUUUCAUAGCAACCAUGUCAUAAGCAUAGCCCAUCAGCUGCUGUUCAUAGAGUAUACGGAAUAAGGAGCAUCAGCAGGAAGCCUGGGCGAAUUAAGUUGCCUUUCAAAUGGAAAAUAAUUUCAUUACUCUUGGAAUAGAGCAGUGCAGAGUCACAUACUUUUGAAAAAACCCACACCUUUUGACUUUGGAAGAUACCUCAUGUCAUCGAAAUUUAGAAUGUGAAAAUGAAGAGAAUUUAGCAGGAAUUUCAGAAAUGUUUUUAAUGUUUACUCCAAAUGGCCUCAUGGACUGUCAACUAAAGAUCUAACUAAGCAUGAAGACACUGGACACUGGCUUUAUCCUUGGAACACUGGCAUUUGCUUUCUACUUGCCUAUAAUAGUGACAUCCCAUCAAGCACUCACAAUUCCUGCAAAGUUGAAGCAGGCUCAUGGGAGAGUGAUUGUCAAUGCUACCCCCUGCACAGUCACCUGUGGCCUGGGCUAUAAGGAGGAGAGCACCUGUGAGGUGGGCCCUGAUGGGGUUAGAAGGAAAUGUGAGACUCACCAAACUGAGUGCUUGACCAAUUGGAUUUGUGGGAUGGUCCACUUUACUGUUCCCAUUGGGAAGACAUUUGAUCUGACCUGUCUGAGUCCAGACAUCAUCCUUUACGGGCAUGAAGCUUUCCGCUUCACCUGGAUGUUUGCCCGUGGCAUCGUCUCCACUGAUGAUGAGUUGUUUAAACCUUUUCGGCGCUCUAUCCAUUCUGUGAUGCUGGAUCCUGCCCGAGAGGUUGAUUCAGGCACCUACAGGUGUGAUGUCCAGUUGCUGAAGAAUUUGAGGUUUGUCAAGAGAGUCUACUUUGCACUGAGGGUCAUUCCUGCUAACUUAGUGAACCUCAACUUUGAUGAGUCCCUGACUGAGGUGCAGAAAUUAAUAGAUGAGGGGAUGGACCUGGAUCUAGAUAUACCUAUCCGUCUUCAACGCUCAUUAUGGAAUAAAAAGGUCUUGUUAGCACUGGGGAUAGGAAUUACAGGGGGAGUUAUUGUAGGUGUGCUGGUAAGUAUAGCUGUUCACUCUUUGCCGAAAACUUCCAAAAGAGAGGUCAAGACAGAGAUGUAAUAGUCUGGCCACCAUUCCUUGAAGUUUGCAAACCUGAUAGUGGUGCUAACCGUUUUUGGAGAGAUUCUUGUUUCCACCCGUGGAAUCCCCAUAGGAUCUAUGGGAAAAUGAAAUCUCUGAUAUGCUUUGUCUCCUGCCAAACUUGUCCUGCCUUAUCCAUCUUUCCCAGUAUCAUAUAAGUGCCUUUCCCAGUAUCACAUGAGUGCCUGUGCUCCAGGGGAAAGCCCAGCUCAUCACCAAAGUUGCUUUGGUUUUGCACCUGUUAAAAUUUGCUGUAAUUAUUUCCAGUGUUAAUGCUUCUUCCUGUUGUUAGAUUUUUGAACAGAAUGUCUAGUCAUUGAUUUUUUUUUUUACUUAGAAAUUCUGUCUCCACUUUAAUAAAAAGUUUCUGCCUUGUAUGCA